AUGACGGAAAAGGAAAUCCAAGAAACUUCUGUGCAGGACCCUGAAUCACAGCCCAAAGUAGCAAAUGGAGAUAGGGAUGUCACUGAUGUCGACUACUCGGUCUUUACAGACAGCCAGAGGCGCUAUAUUGUCUUUAUGGCGUCGUGGGCAGGGUUUUUCUCGCCAGUCUCGUCCCAGAUCUAUUUUCCCGCUUUGAACACUUUAGCGAAGGAUCUUAAUGUAUCCAACUCUUUGAUCAAUCUGACUUUGACAAGUUACAUGAUCUUUCAAGGUCUGUCACCCAUGUUCAUUGGUGAUUUUGCAGACAAAGCCGGAAGACGACCAGCAUACAUUGUCUGCUUCACAAUCUAUAUCGCUGCCAAUAUCGGACUUGCCCUACAGAACAACUAUGCAGCUCUUUUCGUGCUCAGGUGUCUGCAAAGUGCAGGUAGCAGUACCACAAUCGCUCUCUCAUCUGGCGUGGUCUCCGAUGUGGCCACUGCAUCCCAACGAGGUUCCUACAUGGGCUUCGUAACUGCUGGCUCUCUAAUGGGACCUUCAGUAGGGCCGGUUGUAGGUGGUCUGUUGGCUCAAUACCUAGGAUGGCGCGCCAUCUUUUGGUUCUUGACCAUCUUUGCUGGAGCAUUUAUGGUGCCGUUCCUAGUCUUCUUCCCAGAAACAGCCCGUGGUAUCGUCGGUGAUGGAUCACUUCCUCCUCAGAAAUGGAAUAUGUCCUUGAUCAGCUACCUCAAGAUGAGGAAAGCCCGGGAAGAGGGGAUUGUUCCUCCUACGAAUGCGACGAAGCAGAGAUUGAAGUUCCCCAAUCCUUUUAAGACGCUAGCCAUUGUCUUCCAGAAAGAUACAGGCAUCAUUCUCUUUUGCAAUGCUAUUCUGUUUGCGGGGUUCUACGAUGUCAGCGCAACCAUUCCUUCUAUCUACAAUGAGCUCUAUGGCCUUGACGAUCUCCAAGUUGGCCUUUGUUACAUUCCAUUUGGUCUCGGCGCCACUAUUGCUUCCAUCGGCAAUGGAAAAUUCUUGGACUACAACUACCGCCGCCUCGCCAAGCAACUGAACUUUCCCUUAACUAAGAACCGCCACACCGACCUUCGGCAUUUCCCUAUCGAAAAAGCUCGCCUUCAGAUUGCAUUCCCUCUUCUUGCAUUAGGAAGUCUCAGCAUUCUUGUGUUUGGUUGGUUCCUGAACUACGGGAUUCAUCUUGCUGCACCAACCUGUAUCCUCUUCCUCAUGGGGUUGACAUUGACUGGCGCGUUCAAUACGAUCAGUACCCUGCUGGUUGAUCUAUAUCCAACCGAAGCGGCCAAAGCCACGGCUGCUAACAACUUCGGGCGUUGUUUGUUGGGUGCUGGUGCCACGGCGCUUAUUGAUCCUAUGCUUGCAGCUAUGGGUCGGGGUUGGUGUUUUACUUUCAUUGCGCUUGUCAUGUUGGCUACGACACCAUUACUUAUCAUUGUUAUUCGGAGAGGACCUCAUUGGCGCGAAGAGCGUCGUUUGAGGGAAGAGGCAAAGAAGGUUGAUGGUGUGGAUGCACAAAGAGGCGAUAAGUGA